CGAUCGUACGCGACACAAUUGUCACUAGUGUACUCAGCACAUGCGCAGCUAGCUCCAAAACAGUAGAACUCCUGGAGUCUCGCUCAAAUUCUUCCGCAUCGCGAACCAAUCAACCGCGCAUAUCCCAGGGCACCAUCAGCAUCGAUUGACCACCAUGUCGCACCAUUUUCAGCUGCGCAGCUCGGUUCUUCCCUUGCGAUUCUUCCCCGGUGGACUCGGCGCCCGCUUGUCGUGCAAUGAGCCCAAGCAUCUUGGGAACAGCAGCAGCGUCGGAGUCGCUGUAGCAUCGCCGUCAAGAACCCUGCAACGACACCAGGCGAAUGCGAAGGCCACGGCGAAGGAGGUGGGGGUGCAGGAGACGGCCCAAGGAAGCGCAGCGCUCGGGUGGGCGGCCAGGGACGCUUCCGGCGUCCUCUCCCCAUUCGACUUCUCAAGAAGGGCUCAAAAAGACGACGAUGUGACGAUCAAGGUGCUCUACUGCGGCAUCUGCCACACUGACCUCUACACCAUCAAGAACGAGUGGGGCACCGCAAUGUACCCCGUUGUUCCUGGGCACGAGAUCCUCGGCGUGGUGACCAGCGUCGGCAGCGGCGUCACCAAGUUCAAGGCCGGCGAGACGGUGGGCGUGGGCUACUUCCUCGGGUCCUGCCGCUCCUGCGAGUGCUGCGGGAACGGGUACGAGAACUACUGCUCCGGCAUGGUGCUCACCUCCAACGGCAUCGACCGCGAGCACGGCGGCGAG